AUGGCCCUUCGUUUUCAGUCCAACUACGAUUUUACUGAUGUCCCCAUUCCUACCACUCGACAACCCCCUCCCUCUGGCGCAACUAUACGUCGAGCAAAAACUCUCACAAAGCCAGAGCGUGGAGUCGCGCCUGUUCCUCUAAUAAAUCCACCAUCUCUUCCAUCUCCCUCCAGCCCUCUCGCAAAUCCCACUUACCAAGGUUCGACACCGUGGCGUAUAUUCUCUAGAAUAGUUUCCUUUUGGGCCCCAGACUUUCUUCUCAGUUCUCUCGGUGGUCUCAAAGAUAAGGCAGUUCGUCAGGCUUGGAGAGAGAAGAUUGCUUUAUGCUUCAUCAUCGCCCUCCUCUGUUGUGGUGUUGGCUUCGCGACAGUCGGUUUCCAAAAGGUGCUUUGUCCAGAGUCCGCCCAGUCAGAUCGUCGGUUUUCUCGCGUCGGCUCUUUGAAAGGUACCCUGGGUGUUCAAGGCCAUAUCUUCAAUGCUUCUUCCGCCAAAUCACCAACCGGCACUGACCUGCUCACCCUCGCAAAGUUCCCUGACCUCGACAUCACUUAUCUCUUUACCCGUGAUGCAUCUCAGUUCGCCGCCUGUAAUACUCUCACUUUUCGUAUCGCUCGAGAUGCCCCGUGUUCCACCGCGACCCCCUGCCCCCUUCCCGCAAUCAACGCUUCCUCAACCUAUCAGUCCCUCUCCCUCACAAAUACAGGCUUUCUUGCGGGCUAUUCCUGGGACCUCGUCACUUCUCUCCCAAAUUACUUUGUGCUUGACGGGGUCGUCCUCAACCUUGCACCCUACAUGCUCCUCCACCCAAAUGCCGUUCCAUCAGACAAUGUGGACACAGCCAUUCGCACCGUCAUGCGAUCCAGUACCAGCGGAAAAGAUGCCACUCGUUUGUUUUACAGUCGCGCAGACCUCAAAUCUGCAGUCCCGUGCAUCAAGCAGCGCUACUAUGCAGGGAACAUCGACAAAGUCACCCCAGGUUGCUUUGUCUCCAGUCUUUUUCUCUACGCAGGAUUAAUUGUCAUUCUUGGCCUCGUGUUUGUCCGUUUUGUCAUGGCCUGCGUCUUCAACUGGUUUCUUUCAGAGCAUCUGGCUGGCCCCCCAAACAGCCAGGAACUCAAUCGUUCCGCAAUUAGUCCAGCUGUCAUGCCAGAGGGUGCCAAUGUUUCCGUUGAUAACAGGAACGGCACUGCACCGUGGGCGGGUGGACAUAAAAAGCUGAACAAACCUGUUAAAUCUGGCCGCUCAAUCGCUUCCUCAUCCAGUGCGACCCUGACCAACUCGGAGAGCACCCCUAUCAUGAGCCUCGCCCAGAUCGGCGCCGAGCUAUUCGCCGUGUGCCUAGUAACAUGUUACUCGGAAGGCGAGGAAUCUCUUCGAACCACAUUGGACUCCAUAUCGACAACCACGUACUCUGACGCCAGAAAGCUGUUAUUUGUGGUUGCGGAUGGCAUGAUUACAGGCGCUGGCGAAAAGAGAAGCACGCCCGACAUCUGCGUUGGAUUACUCGAAGCAGAUCCCCGGUUUGGAAACCCUAUACCUAUGAGCUAUAAUGCCGUUGGCUCAGGCGGAAAGGCACAAAAUAGAGCUAUGGUAUAUGCUGGUCACUAUACUGUGGCUGGUUGUCGCACUCCGACUGUUAUCGUCGUCAAAUGUGGCACGGAGGCAGAAGCCGCGACCGACAAGAAACCUGGCAAUCGUGGAAAGCGGGACAGCCAGUUGAUUCUCAUGAAUUUUUUCUCUCGCGUCACGUACAACGAUCGUAUGACUCCUCUUGAUUUUGAUUUAUUUCGCAAGAUCCAUAUCCUCAUGGGCGUUACACCUGACUUUUUCGAAGUUUGUCUCAUGGUGGACGCUGACACCAAAGUAUUCCCCUCGUCGUUGGGACAUCUAGUCAAUUGCAUGCACCACGACCAGAUGAUUAUGGGAGUUUGUGGAGAGACAAGAAUAGCAAAUAAACGACAAUCUUGGGUCACUGCAAUCCAGGUCUUUGAGUAUUUCAUCUCCCAUCAUCUUGCCAAGGCUUUUGAAUCCGUCUUUGGCGGCGUUUCUUGUCUUCCUGGUUGCUUUUCCAUGUUUCGUUUGAAGGCUCGAAAAACAUCUGGAGAUGACUGGAUUCCCCUCAUCAUCAAACCCGAGAUUGUGAAGGAGUACAGUCAGAAUGAAGUGACCACACUUCACCAAAAGAACUUAUUGUUGCUUGGUGAAGAUCGCUUUUUGACUACCAUUCUUCUUCGGACGUUUCCCAAUAGGAAAAUGAUGUUCUUACCUCAAGCAAGGUGCAGAACCAUUGUUCCCGAUACUUUUUCCAUCCUUUUGUCUCAACGUCGCCGAUGGAUCAACUCUACAAUCCACAAUCUGAUGGAACUUGUCCUUGUUCGCAAUUUAUGUGGAACAUUCUGUUUCAGCAUGCAGUUCGUUGUCUUUAUGGAUCUCCUUGGAACAGUUGUCCUCCCCAUCGCCAUCACACUGACGUAUUCCUUGAUUGUUGGCAUCGCACUAAAGCCGCCAAAGUCGUUUGAGGAGGCAAUUCCGCUCAUGCUCCUUGUUGCGGUCCUGGGUCUUCCAGCAGUGUUGAUUCUUAUCACGACAAGGAAGGUGGUUUAUGUGUUUUGGAUGUUGAUCUACCUCCUGGCUUUGCCGAUAUGGAAUUUUGUGUUGCCUUUGUAUGCGUUUUGGCAUUUCGAUGAUUUUUCCUGGGGUGAGACAAGGAAAGUUGAGGGUGAGGCGAAGGAUGAAGGUCAUGGCGACGGAGGUGGUCGUGUAACCGCGCCUGCAGUUCCAAUGCGACGAUGGGAGGAUUGGGAGCGAUCAAGACUGAGGAAGUUGAAGCGUGAAGAGAGACGCAGGAGAGAUUUCGAGAGAUCACAUCCUUCGGGAUACUUUUCUGGUGACCGGGACUUUCUUUCUGCCCCAGACACCCGAAGCCAGUAUGAUGGAUCAGAUACUUUCUCGCUUAACUCUUCGGAUGACGAUCAUUGGGGCACGCAGAUCGGUGGUUACAAUGAACAUAAUGCGCAAUUCCCUCCACCUCCUGUUGGGCUUUCGCUUCCUCCUGGUGAUGCUUUAGAAACAGCGAAGACUUUGGACGGUGCUGAGUUGGAGGCCAUGCUGGAAAUGGGUUUCGACGGUCAAUCAACACCACCAGUUUCGACAUAUGCGCCACGAUUCCAAUUGACAGACGGGUCGACGACGCAACUGAUGAACGUGAGCGGUAACGGAUAUUCACCGCUAUCAAGGUCUGGGUCGCCGGGUCUUAACUAUCCCCCAAAUGCAUUGUCCCCUACCUCGCCCACGAUCAAUAUGAGCGGGGAGGGACGUGGCUGGUCUUCGGCUAAUAUGUCCCCUGGUGACAACGGACUUUCAGAGCGGUACGGCCCGUUGGGUCCACUUGACCCAUCUGCAAAGUUUUGA